AUGAGUCUCAAAGACAUUCAAGAUGGUGUUUCCCAAACCACAGCUGAAAUCACUCUACUCAGAUCAGAAAUCGCUGCGUUCUCAACAUCUUUCUUAUCUAAGUUGGAUUCACUUGUAAUAGAUCUUCGUAAUCAGUUGAGUGAACAAUUUCGUGAGUUUAGUCAAAUUAUAGCUGAUGUGGGAAAUCACCGGGAAAGUUCAAGAGCAACUCAGGGAUCGGGUGUGAAUCAAAGGGUUUGCACUGAAUUUGUUUCGACUGUUGGUGCUCAAGAAAUUUACAAAAUCAGGAUUUCAUCCAUUACUAAAUGCAGUAAAGAAGUUGCUACUGCUGUUCGUGGUGGGAUUAUUCUUGCUAAGUUGUCUGGUGUAUCUGUUAGAAAAGGUUAUUGGGGUAACCAGAUUGGUAAACCAUAUACUGUUCCUUGUAAGUUUACUGGGAAAUGUGGUUCUGUUACUGUAAGAAUGGUUUAUUCUCCUCAUGGUGCUGGUAUUGUUGCUGCUAGAGUUCCUAAGAAGGUUUUGCAGUUUGCCAUUUACUGA